UGCGUUCCCCCUGCACUGGGGCUCGCGCCACCUUUGGCCAGUUUGUGGACCGCUCUGAGUCUGUACUGUUGAUCUGCGCCUGGUCUGCAGUAUUUCCCCAAUAGUGCUCCCUUCUGCUCGCCCCGCGAUGCCGGUGGACAUCAGCCAGUGGUCCGGGUCCUUGUGCCUGCAGGAAGUGGAAGAACGGCCGCAGCACCCGCUGCAGGUCAAAUACACCGGGGUGGAGGUUGACGAGCUGGGCAAAGUGCUGACGCCCACCCAGGUUAAGAACCGGCCCACCAGUAUUACAUGGGAUGGCCUCGAUGCAAGUAAACUCUAUACCUUGGUCUUGACAGACCCGGAUGCUCCGAGCCGAAAGGACCCCAAAUAUAGGGAAUGGCACCAUUUCCUGGUGGUCAACAUGAAGGGCAACGACAUCGGCAGUGGUACAGUUCUCUCCGAUUAUGUGGGCUCUGGGCCUCCUAAGGGCACAGGCCUCCACCGCUACGUCUGGCUGGUUUACGAGCAGGACAGGCCUCUGAAGUGUGACGAACCCAUUCUCAGCAACCGAUCUGGAGACCACCGUGGCAAAUUCAAGGUGGCAUCUUUCCGCAAAAAGUACCAGCUCGGGUCCCCAGUGGCUGGCACGUGCUACCAGGCAGAAUGGGACGACUAUGUGCCCAAGCUCUAUGAGCAGCUGUCUGGGAAGUAGGGGGAAGCCAGGAGACAGGUAUCACCCCGGGGGCCCCAGCAGUGUUCUCAAGGUCAGUGAUGCAUGUAGAUUUCUCCUCUUCCCUGUUGCCAUUCUCACAGGCGAGACCUGAGCAGAUAGUGGUGUAGGGUGAUGUUUCCUUCUGCCUAUCCUUUGUAAUUGUACAGGGUCACACAACCUGGUUUAUGUUUUGAUCAAAUUUGGACUCCAUUUUGGGGCUAUUUUGGUACUGAGAUGUGGUCAUCAGAUUGUUCAUAGAAGAGCAACCCAGAAUUUAAAGAAGAAAAAGUUUCGGUAAGAAGAACAGGUCUACAGUAAUAGUGCAGAGCAUCAAACAAUCUUCAGGGGAGAUUUUUUUUAAAAAAGAUUCCUUGUCUCCGCCUUUGUGAGCCCGAAUCCAAAACUGUGCCUGGUGGCAUAUUCUGAGAUGUUUUCACAGCCCCGUCUCUCUCCAGGCAGCCAGAGGCUGGCAUGUCCACUAACCCCCGCCCGGUGUGUGCACACCUUGGGUUGGUUAUUAGGUGUCAGUAUUCUGCUCCAGCUCAUUUAAGGAGCAGCACUGGAAAGAGCAACAGGGAGCAGGGAGUGUCGCUCUCCUGCUGGGGCACAGCUGUCUAGAUGAGCGGCAGGGCUGCGUGAGAGGUUAUCACAAUCCAUGAGUCUCCGUCUGUUAAAUCGACCACUCUGCGUUGGUGUAACAAAAGCCAGUCUGGAGUUCCUGAAUGUUGUGUUAAUUCUGUCAUUUGCUUAUAGUUGAAUAAAAAUAAAAACACUUGUGGACAAACCGA